AGACGACGAAACCAAUAGAAUACAAAGAUGUUUCUCAACUGUAGCUACGCAACACCACACUGUCCACACAGCCACACACGAAGACGACUUUCUCGAAUCGGAGAAACCAAUAACUGACGAGAAUGGCGAUCGCCGGCGCUGAUAACGAGGCCGGAACUCCGCUUCUUCCUAAAACAGUCGACGGAUCCGUUGACUACAGAAACGAGCCCGCCGUCAGAUCUUCCUCCGGAGGCUGGAGAUCCGCCGGAUUCAUCAUCGGUGUGGAGGUAGCUGAGCGGUUCGCUUACUACGGGAUCUCGUCGAAUCUGAUAACGUAUCUGACGGGACCGCUAGGUCAAUCCACGGCGACCGCCGCCGCUAACGUCAACGCCUGGUAUGGAACGGCGUCGUUGCUCCCUCUCCUCGGUGCGUUCGUAGCUGACUCGUUUCUAGGUCGGUUCCGUACGAUCCUCGCCGCCUCUGCUCUCUACGUAUUGGGACUUGGUUUACUGACUCUAUCUGCGAUGAUUCCUUCAGACUGCAAAGUUACCAACCCACUCACCUCAUGCUCACCUCCUAGGUUUCAAGUUAUCACGUUCUUCGGUGCCUUGUAUCUUGUGGCUCUAGCUCAAGGCGGGCAUAAACCGUGUGUACAGGCCUUUGGAGCGGAUCAGUUUGAUGAGAAGGAGCCUGAAGAGUGUAAAGCCAAGAGUUCGUUUUUUAAUUGGUGGUAUUUUUGUAUGUGUUUUGGGACCUUGGUGACUCUGUGGGUGUUGAACUACAUACAAGACAAUCUUAGCUGGGCUCUAGGGUUUGGUAUACCUUGUGUUGCGAUGGUGGUUGCUUUGGUUGUUUUUUUGCUCGGAACCAGUACUUACCGGUUUAGUAUUCAAAGAGAAAGUAGAAGCGCUUUUGCGAGGAUUGGGAGUGUUUAUGUAACGGCUGUGAAGAACUGGAGUGUGUCAGUCUCGGAUGUAGCUGAUGCGGAAGAGAGGCUUGGUUUAAUCUCCCAUUCAAGGUCGCAGCAGCUUAGUUUUCUCAACAAAGCUCUGGUCGGAACGAAUGGUUGUAGUUUAGAUGAACUUGAGGAAGCAAAAUCAGUACUUAGGCUAGCUCCGAUCUGGCUAACUUGCUUGGUUUACGCGGUUGUAUUCGCGCAGUCUCCAACAUUCUUCACUAAACAAGGAGCCACAAUGGAGAGAUCCAUCACACCGAGUUACAAGAUCUCUCCGGCUACUCUCCAGUCCUUCAUCAGCCUCUCUAUAGUCAUCUUCAUCCCCGUGUACGACCGUGUACUCAUCCCAAUCGCGAGAUCAUUUACACAUAAGCCAGGCGGAAUCACCAUGCUUCAGAGAAUAGGCACAGGGAUAUUCCUCUCUUUCCUUGCCAUGGUAAUAGCCGCUCUAGUGGAGAUGAAAAGGCUUAAAACCGCUGCGGAUUACGGGCUCAUCGAUUUACCAGAAGUUACGGUUCCAAUGAGUGUAUGGUGGUUAGUUCCUCAGUAUGUUCUCUUUGGUAUCGCGGAUGUUUUUGCUAUGGUGGGUCUUCAAGAGUUCUUCUACGACCAGGUCCCGAGCGAGCUGAGAAGCGUGGGAUUGGCUCUGUACUUGAGCAUAUUCGGUAUUGGUAGCUUUCUCAGCAGUUUCAUGAUAUCAGUUAUUGAUAAAGCGACGAGCCAAUCUGGUCAAGUGAGUUGGUUCGCAAAUAACCUGAACCAGGCUCAUCUGGAUUACUUUUACUGGUUACUUGCUUGUUUCAGCUUCAUUGGCUUAGCCUCUUACUUGUAUUUUUCAAAGGCCUACGUCUCUAAGAGGCUCAACACCCUUUAAACCCUAUAUCUCUCGUGUAAAAAUGUUGCAGGUAGUAUCUUUCUCUGUAACUUUUAAAUACAGUUUCAUUGCACAAUUA